AUGGCCAUCGAGGACGUCCUCCCGACAAUCAUUCUAGUCGCCGUCAUCUUCUUUGCCUACCGAUGGCUGACCGGUAGCAAAACGCCGGCCGACCCGUUCCACGGCGUCAGGCGCGACAUGGUCGAGGCCGUGAUCAGCGCUUUCCCCGAUGUUCCAGUCGAUAACGUUGUGUAUUCUCUGACCCGGACGCGAAGUGCCCAGUCGACGAGCGAGAUCAUUCUUGAGCGCGGAACAUUGCCAGCUCCCCCCACCGGCUUCGUGAUCCCCGACUCGCUCCGUCCAGCGGCCGCCGUGCCCGUGCCCGCCCCGUCCUCGCAGUCCCAGCAAUCCGCGCCGGCCACGAAACCGCAGUCCCUGAUCGAGCGCUACAACCUCAGCGCCAAGCUCGACCAGGCGCCCUCCGAGGAGAGCGGCAAGUGGGAGGCGACGCGCGAGAACCGCGAGAAGGACCUGCGCGCACGCAAGGAGAAGAUGAUCCUCGAGGCGAGGCGGAAGCUGCUCGAGAAGCAGGCCCAGGCCGCGCAGGCGGCCAAGGUCGAGUAA